AUGGCAUCGGGCGGGUGGCCUUCCUUUACCUUAAAUGACAACUCCUAUUCCCGAUCAAACUCACCUCCUUCCCAAUCUUCCCGCAGAAUUCCGUUUCAAGAUGUUCUCUCUUCUUCUACUAUUAGUUCAUCUGCUCCUUCAGUUUCCGCGUUUGGUCCAUCAGAGCCAUCAAAAACUUCGCCCGAGCUUCCAACUUAUAUCUCAAGCGCGCCUAGCCCGUCCACUUUCUCCCUCAACGCCUUAGCUGACUCUACGCGAGAUCCUGUUGUUCGAAAUACACUAGGGACAACAUUCACGCUUGGAUCUCCUGUCCCUCUUGAGCUCCCUGAGAGUGUUAUGGCAUUUCCUGCAUAUCCCAUAAAUGCCCCUCCGUCUAGCAUAGAGGGCAUAGGGAACAAUACCACUUCAAACAAAGCUCCGGGACUGAUGAGAAGGUUAUCCAGAGGCACUGCGAACAAACUCACUCGGCGGAGACAGUCGACAUCUCACCAUGACAAACGAGAUAACAGUUCUGGUCCUGUGAUUAUGCGGAGGAGGAGUGACAGUAAAACUGGGACAACAUCUCGUGAUAGUGGUUUAGAUUCAAGCCAUGAAGAAGAGGAAGAAGUUUGCGAUUAUCUUGGCUCGUGGUGUAAUCCAGAAACAAAUGGCACUACCAAUGGAUACAACAUGUCUGUGACUGGCGCUCAUGCAUGCAUUGCACCUAAGCUGGAUGCGAUUUUACAUCGUGGUUCUCUUCUGACCAAGGUGACCAAGCAUAAGACAAAGAUGGUAACAUUUUUUCUCGAUUUACAUUCCGCCAAGGUUUAUUGGGAUUUGUCAAAUCCAGCCAAAAGACUUUAUAUCGACGAUAUCAAACAAAUACGCACUGGUCUGGAUGCUCGUAACUAUCGGGAGGAGCAUGACAUUCCUGAAAAUCUUGAAAAUCUGUGGUUCACGAUUAUUUUCACAAACCCAGAGCAGUCCAAAAAUAAGCCCAUCAAAACCCUGCAUCUUAUCGCCCCGAAUAAAACUACUUUCGAACUGUGGACAAACACCCUGGAAGGUAUCUCUAGAUAUCGUAUCGGUCUUAUGGCUGGAUUGGCUGGUUCUCAGAGUGAGACAGUUCUAAAAGCUCACUGGGGGCGUGAAAUUUCUCGGCGGGUGCUAGAGCCUGGUGAAGAAUCACUUGACCGGAACGCUAUUGAGAACCUCUGCCAAAGUUUACAUAUCAAUUGCUCGAAAAACAUGCUGCGGGCUCAGAUAACAAAAGCAGAUACGGAGCGAACAGGUCGUCUAAACUUUUCGCAAUUUAAAGAUUUCCUUCAACGGCUGAGGGACCGCAAAGACAUCCGGGAAAUAUUUCGUUCUGUCGCAGCAGAUCCUGUUCAAGGGCUAACAUUGGAUGAGUUCCUCCAUUUCCUUCGCGAGGUUCAAUGCGAAAAUGUGGAAGGUGCUAGAAACUACUGGUGCUCCACCUUUGAAUCAUUCGUCCGUAACUCCAAACAACGGUUAGAAACACGAAAUUCGCCAGAUGCUCGGAUGGACUUGGAUGCUUUCGCAGCUUUUUUAAUUUCUCCAAAAAAUAGCGUAUACCCAAUACGAUACUCCCCCCCAAAGUUUGACAGACCCCUCAACGAAUACUUCAUCUCGAGUUCACAUAACACGUAUUUACUAGGGAGACAAGUUGUUGGAGAAUCCAGCACUGAAGCCUACAUCACCGCUCUUCAAAAUGGAUGUCGCUGUGUUGAGAUUGACUGUUGGGAUGGUGCAGAUGGUCGUCCGACAGUCUCACACGGACAUACCAUGACGAAGAGUGUUUUAUUCGCAGAUUGCAUUAGCGUGAUCAACCGGUAUGCGUUUCAAGGGUCCGAAUAUCCAUUGAUACUUUCGCUUGAGGUUCAUUGUUCCCCAAUCCAACAACUUGCAAUGGUGGAAAUCAUGAAGGAGACAUUUGGGGACAAGCUUCUUCUUCAGCCUCUUUUGACCAAUUGCCCGAUAUUACCCUCUCCAGAUGAUCUAAAGCAUCGCAUCUUGAUAAAAGUCAAAACCGCGGACGAGGAAGAGAUGUCGGCCUCAUCUCAUGCACAUACUAAUGGUCGCAAGCGCAGCUCUAGUUCGCCAUUUGUUCGUCCCACUCUCCCAGAGAGCAGUAAUAUAUCAAUGCCUUUUUCUCAAACAAGCCACUCAGUAGAUGCUGGUAGCUUGCCAUCUUGGACCGUUGGAAGACGAUCACUUACCACGACAAGCACCAGUAGUACAUCCGAGGACAGCGAUGUUGGCCAGCUCUUAACGUCAACGAGGAAGGAAAAAAGAAGACAAAAAAGCAGGAUAACCAGAGAGCUGGCGGAGCUCGGUGUAUAUUCUCGAGGGUACAAGUUUCACAGCUUCAAUUCCCCGGAGAGUAAGAGAUUCAAUCAUGUCUACUCUUUCGCUGAAAAAGCCUUCGAACGGUUAUGUGGGGACUCAGAGAACAAAGUAUUGCUCGAAGCGCAUAAUAAAUCGUUCAUUACACGUGUCUAUCCGUCGAAAUUUCGAGUUCGCUCAUCGAAUUUUGAUCCAAAUAUUUUCUGGAGACGGGGCGUGCAAAUGGUAGCAAUGAACUGGCAAACCUACGAUGUCGGUAUGCAGCUGAACCAAGCAAUGUUUGCUUCUGGCACCGACCAGACUGGCUAUGUUCUAAAGCCGGAUAGUCUACGAACAUCUCCCUCGCCUAGGUAUCUUGCUCUGAGUUGCGAUUCAAAACCGAAAGUCGACAGAAAAUUAGUUACGUUCACCGUGGAUAUCAUCUCUGCACAACAACUCCCAAGACUACAAGGAAUGGGCCCAGAUGAUAGUAUUAACCCGUACGUUGAAAUUGAGCUGUUUUGCGCCGAUGACAAACGGAAAGGCCUCGCAUUCGGCGAAGGCGGUGUUGAUACUUCUGCUCGCAACGGCAUGUCCGGAAUCGGUCAACCCCACCGGCGUCGGACAAGGAUCGAGCAACAGAAUGGUUACAACCCGGUGUUUAACGACCAAUUCAAGCUGUCACUGGAGACGAAAUACCCCGACCUGGUCUUCGUCCGUUGGGUCGUCCGUAACUCUCCUGAUGGACGAAGUUUCGGCGGUAACAACAGCGUGCAACUUGCCACUUUUACCGCAAAACUCAGUAGCCUCUCCCAAGGAUACAGGUAUCUACCUCUCUAUGAUGCAAGUGGUGAUCAAUAUCUGUUCUCAACGCUUUUCUGCAAAAUCACUAAAUCUGAUCCCGUUCCGGCUCAACGGGCCGGUUUCGAAGGCUGGAGAGGAGAUCAGAAAGGUAUUAUCAGGCAACUUAGACACACCUUGUCAAAACGCACAUCACCAACCGAGAAGGACAGGGAGAAGGACUGUGAUCGGGAUCGCGAAAAGUCGAAGGACGCAACUCGAAAACCGGAAUGCAAUUCCCGAAAUCAAGGGUCUUCUUCCACUGACAGCUCUUCGUACACUAUUCCGUCUCUACAAUAG